AUGAGGCUUCUUCUGGUGACAUUGACUAUCCUGCUGGCUACCGUAUGCAACGCGUAUCGCGUACCGUAUGCACAGCAGGCCGCACUUUGCAUUCAAUGUAAAGCUGUAGUGUACACGCUGACACUUCCGGAAAUCGAGCACCACCAGGUUCCAACGGUCCUCGAGGGUGUCUGCAGCUUCACCGAGAUCGAGAAGCAGCCAUGCAUCAAAACGCUUGGAGGGAUUCUCCACGAUCUGGGCACAUGGAAGGCCGAAAAGACCUCCCCGGUCAACGCUUGCCGGAGCGCCAAGCUGUGCCUA